AUGAAGAUGGCUGUGGGAGCCGUGAAGAUGCAGCCCCCGCCGGCGGAGAGUCCGGAGCCGGCGGACCCCGGGGCGUCGGGGGCCGCCGGGGCCCCAGGGGGAAGGCGGCAGCGGCGGCGAGGGGGGAGCCCGGGCACCCCGGAGCAGCCCCAGGCCCCCGAGCAGCAGCUGCGGCACCGGCUGCGGGACCUGCCGGCUCUGCUGCGCAGCGGACUCACCCUGCGCAGGAAGAGGAGCGCCGGCGGCGGCAGGGCUCUGGCAAGAAGAAUUUCGAAUCCAUACCUAGAACAUACUGCUUCCCAGAUUUAUGGAGAGAAUUCUUCCUGCGCUGGAAGAGCCCUGAGGAACAUCUUUACAGUGCAAGCAUCUGACCUGAUAAAAGACAGAGUGAACCUUAAAGGAGUUUACAGGAGGAGCUGCGUGGGAUCCGAGCUUGUGGACUGGCUUUUAGAGAACUGUCCUUUUGUUCAGUGUCGCUCGAUGGCCGUUGGCGUGUGGCAGUUGCUUCUGGACAUGGGGAUCAUUCUCUCAGUGGACCAGCAGCUGUACUUCCAGGACACCUACGUUUUCUACCAGUUUUCUUCAGAUGAGUGCAGCUACCUGUACUGUGAAUUCGAAAGGGCCGAGGAGUGGCAGAAUGGGGUGCGCCUCCUGCUGCAGCUGGUGCCGCUCAGCCCAUCGAGGGGGGACGACGGUGACCUGGCCCAUCAGAAAAUUGAAGAUACAGAAGAAACCAGUGAUGAACUUCUUGUCCGUCUCACAUCUGCGGUGCAGAGAGAACUUGCUGCUGUCAUUGCUUUCAAAGCCCGGAAGGCAGCUCUCGAUCGAGAUGAAGAGAAUGAGGACGCCCAGACUUCAGUGUCUGAGGAUGACGGGCUCUCCGACUCUCAGGCAGGAGUGAUGUGCAAACUUCAGGAGAGGGAUGAUAUCGGACGAAUUGAACUGGUCCAGAAACUCGCCAGAGAAAACUGCCAGUUUCUACAGACGGACAGAAAAGAGCCGGAGAAGCCUGAGCAACAAGAUGAUGAAGUGACAACCUUGCAAGUUAAAGAGGAGGACGGAACAGUCCUGGUAUUCAAGAAGGUGUCGUCAUGUGGGCCGGCCCCCACAUCAGGGAGCGCCCACACUGAUUGGAGAUACGUGGUGGUGUCGGGGACGCCCGAGAAGAUUUUGGAGCACCUCCUCAAUGACUUGCACCUGGAAGAAGUCCAGGACAAAGAAACAGAGACCCUCCUGGAUGACUUCCUGCUCACGUACACCGUCUUCAUGACCACGGAUGAUUUGUGCCAGGCGCUGUUGCGACACUAUUCUGCUAAGAAAUAUCAAGGCAAGGAAGAAAACUCGGAUGUGCCUCGUCGAAAGCGAAAGGUCUUACAUCUCGUGUCCCAGUGGAUCGGGCUGUACAAAGACUGGCUGCCAGAAGAUGAGCCCUCCAAGAUGUUCCUAAAGACCAUCUACAGGAACGUCCUAGAUGAUAUAUACGAAUAUCCAGUGCUUGAGAAGGAACUCAAAGAGCUGCAGAAGAUCCUUGGCAUGCACCGGCGGCACACUGUGGAUGAAUACUCGCCACACAGAAAGAAUAAAGCCCUUUUCCACCAAUUUAGUCUUAAGGAGAAUUGGCUCCAGCACCGAGGGACUGUGGGUGAAACGGAGGAAAUCUUCUGCCACGUGUACAUAACAGAGCACUCCUACAUCAGCGUCAAGGCCGGGGUUUCCAGCACGGCUCAGGAGAUCCUCAAGAUUGUGGCCGGGAAGCUCCAGCAUGCUCAGGAUGACCUGGCCCUGGUGGCUGUCACCUUCUCAGGGGAAAAACAUGAACUUCAACCAAAUGACUUAGCCAUCUCAAAAUCACUCGAGCUAUCAAGUCGGAUCUAUGUCUACCGGAAGGAUCUAUCAGAGACUUUGAGCCCACUGGUCGAGAGCGAGGAAUCCCAGCAAAGGUCUCUGAGGAUCUUGGGAAUGAACACAUGGGACCUGGCCAUGGAAUUAAUGAACUUUGAUUGGAGCCUGUUCAACUCAAUUCAUGAGCAAGAGCUGAUUUACUUCACGUUCAGCCGACAAGGAAGUAGUGAGAAUACAGUGAACCUCAGUCUCCUGCUCCAAAGAUGCAACGAAGUCCAGCUGUGGGUGGCCACAGAGAUUCUGCUUUGCAGCCAGCUCUGUAAGCGAGUUCAGCUGGUGAAAAAAUUCAUCAAAAUCGCUGCUCACUGCAAAGCCCAAAGAAACCUGAAUUCUUUCUUUGCCAUCGUGAUGGGUCUCAACACUGCAUCAGUCAGCCGGCUGUCUCAGACCUGGGAGAAAAUCCCAGGGAAGUUUAAGAAGCUUUUCUCCGAGUUGGAGAGUUUAACGGACCCUUCCCUGAAUCAUAAAGCCUACAGAGAUGCAUUCAAAAAGAUGAAGCCUCCCAAAAUCCCCUUCAUGCCACUCCUGCUUAAAGAUGUGACAUUCAUCCAUGAAGGAAAUAAAACUUUCUUGGAUAACCUCGUCAAUUUUGAAAAGCUGCACAUGAUUGCAGAUACCGUCCGGUCCCUGAGACACUGCCGGAAUAACCAGUUUGGAGGUGAAGUGUCUCCAAAAGAACACCAGGAGCUCAGAUCCUACGUGCACCACCUGCAUGUCAUCGACAACCAGCAGGUGCUGUUUGAACUUUCCCACCGGAUCGAGCCGAGGGCGUGAGUGCACCCUCACGCUGUGGCAGCCUGGCGGGCGGACCCUGGGGACGGCAGCACUUUGGAUUAAGGGAAUGUCGAUGCCAAGCAUGUGGCUUUCCUCCUGAAAACGGAUUUGCUGAGUUUUAUCAGUCACUCCCUAGACGCCUGUGGGAAAGUCAGACAGCAUGAGAAGGAGCCGGUUGUCAGCCUUUGGAGAGGAGGGAGGCCCUGGGGCUCUGCCUGGGGAGGAAACUGGAGAGGAAGAAGGGACAGUAGCCUGGAAUUGGAGCAGCUGAGGUCCCCAUGAUGGGAUCACUGGUCCAAAAACUUUUCACUUUCAUUUGUGUGCCAGUGUUAAAAUAAUCAUAUGCCAUGCCAUGUCAUGUCCUGUUAGGACAAAACAUUUCAACUAGAAAGCACAGAACAUAGGGAGGGAUGGAAAUUUCCCCAACACCUCGGAACGCACUUCUCAGCGGAUCCCACCCUGUUGCUUGAGAGGCAGCCUGGUCUCAUAGCUAGAGGCCUGACCUCAAAGUCAGGAAGACCUGCGUUCCAGUCCCAUCACUGACCCAUCCUAGCUGUGUGACCCUGGGCAAAUCCCUUCUCCUCACAGGGCCCCUGGUUUAAACUAGAAUUUACAGACCUGAUGAGAAUCUGCAUUGGUGCCUGGAAUUCCCACACUGGUUCAGUCCAACAAAUUGCUUUUUUCCAAGACCUUGGGGAAAAAAAGUCCCAUCAUUUGUCCCUUUUCUGACUCAGUGGUGGUUUCUCCGUGGGAAUAGUAAUGAAACCACACAUGUGUACAUACACAUAAAUGUUAAGGGAAAGCUGGGAAGAGAAAUCCCCACCGUGCCUGCUUACAUUCUGAAGCUUGCCAUUUCCAGACACCCACUUUUUAAAAAACCCAUGAUCAUUUAAAGAUCCACACUUAGGGAUGAAAUUAUUUUCUGCACAGCUGGCUAAUUUAAUGAAAAUUAUUUGGACCAAUUAGGCAAAUUAUACCAAAUUGCAUCUCCCAUAAGGGCAGCAUUGUUAAUGAUUGCUUUUUUAAAAAAACCUGCACUCAGCAUACUUCCUGAGGAUUUUUUUUCCACGCUAAGUGAAAGACGGCCCACUCUUGUGUGUGUGCUCUUCUGAGGUCUUUGAAAGACACCAGUUCUUGUCAUUUGUACACUUUAGGGGACCUGGGAGUAAUUUCCUUGCCUGCAAACUGAGACAUUAGUGCUCCCUCCCAGAAGAGGGACGAAAGACAGAGGAGGCAGAUGAAAUGUGAGGUCUUCUCAACAUGAGGGUUGCUGUGAUUUUGGUACAUGAAAACAAGGUUGGAUUUAGAGUGGAAUAAACAUGCCCCUCAUGUUUAGGUGAAUUGUCCUAGCUUCCCCAAAAUGUUGAAAACACACAGGGUCUCCAAGUGGGAAAGGCCAUUGAGGACCAUUUGGCCCAAUCUCCUGGCCUAAACAGGAAUUCUCUCUCCCAUUUAUCUUGGUUUUAUCCAAGUUCCAAGUCAUUCCAACUCAUUUUAUUUUCACUUUCUGCAAUCUCUAUGUCAGAUUUGCAAGCAGCACAGUGUCAUGUAUCUUUAGUUCAGUUUCGCCAUCUUGUAUUGAUUAGUCUGUUUAAAUGCAGUGUGACAUAGUGGAUACAGUGCUGGGUUAGUAUCAAGAUGAGCUGGGUUCAAAUCCUGCCAUUUUGUGACCUUGGCCAAGUCAUUUAGCCUCCAAAUGCCUCAUGUAAUUCCUUGGGCCUUAUUUAUAGAGAUCCAUUGCAAUUUGUAUCUUUGGCAGGCAUUUCCACACAGAGAGGUUCCCAUGCUGAGAUCAUGGAUCCUCUGGCUGUUUAUGUUAUCAGUCCUUACUAAGGUUUUCAAACUACAUUCUUUCUCACAAUCUGUGUGCCCUUAAGCAACACUUUGGUUUCAAUUCAUUAAAAUCAUAUUCAUCUUCAUUGCCAGAAUUAUAUGAAAUAUUUCUAGACAAUGUUAUUAUAGCCCUGUUUCCUGGGGCUCAGUAAAUACAUAUCUGUCUGUGACUACAUGCACACACACAUAUAAGCACAGAUGUGUGUAUAUGCAUGUGUAUAUGUGUGGACAAUAUGAAUGCCUUAUAUAACAAGGGUUGUAUAUCACAUAUGCAACACAUGUUAUAUGUAAUAUAUGAGAGAGAGAGAGAGAUUCUUGCAAAGAAAUAUGUGGAAAAAAUUUUGGCAGGCCUGGAAGAGAAUGGAUUUGUCCUGGCAUGUAAAAUUUCAUCUUUGUCUGAAAUCAUUUAUAGUCAUAGUGACCCACUCUUGAAGUGGUCUGGAAUAUGCACGGUGCUGCUUGGUGGAUACAAUGGAUACCUGUAGUAGAGAGCCAUUUCACAGCACAGCAUCACAAAGAACUGUCUUGUUGGUGACAGUCAACACUUCCUCUGUUUUCCUGUAGGAAAUGUGGCUGACCUUAGGCAACAUCUGGCAUAUUUUGUUUGGAUUUCUGUGACCAGGAGGGGAAAAGUGGCAAAUAUGACUUUAACUGGCAUUUGGAAAGUGAGAGAAGCAAGCCAGGAGAAACCCAGAUUGUUUUUAACCCUAAAACUCCAUUUGCCAAUUAAAAGUAUAAAUAGA